AUGCAGGCUUUACUAGCCUCCCCUUCGACGCGCUACGAUUCACCCAACUCGUCGUUCGACUCCAACUCGUCUUCGUCCAACUCGUCCAACGCAUCACUAGGUUUACCUCCGCUGAGCUCUCCUUUCGAAUUCAACGAUCGACCUGGAAUUGUUGGUGGUCGAUUCGGUACCGGCAAGAGGUUCGGUGAUUCGCCUCUGAAGAGGGUUGCGAUUGUUGUGGAGGGGGAUGAGAGCUUCAGUGAUUCCGAAGAGGAGGAGGAGGAGGAAGCAUCCCCCAGUCGACCUGCGGCUUCUGCUUUGGAUUCCUUCGGAAUACGACCACCACAAGAGUCUUCGCCUUCUUCGGAAUCGAACUCAUUGACUUCGACGCUCCCACCUCCGGCUUGGAUGACGGAUGAAUUGGACGAGGAAUGGGUCGCUCAACCUGAUUCCGAAGAGGACGAAACUUCCUCCGACGAGGAGGACGAUCCUCAACAGCAAUCCAUGUCGUUAUGUUCGGUGGCUUCUCCUACCUCGGCAGCAUUCAUCACCACUUCUUCUUUUUCGCCGGAAACGUCCAAGAAGGCGAGUCCGACUUCGACGAGGAAGAACGCGCAAGAACCCGAGGAGGAGCAACACGAUCUUUCCCCUUUCACCUCAUCGGCUUCAGCAUCGAUGGCGAUGAACAAAUACGCCUCGCUCAACCAACCCAAAGUACCCUCCUCCCUUCGACAUGGAUUCACAACCCAUUCCAACACAUCCGGGUCCCUGAACGGGGAUACGUCACACCCCGACCUAUCGGAGCAUCCAGCGACCUACGGCGGCGUAGGCACCUUCGAUUCGAACCCCACCUCGACCGAUUCGGAUGCCGGUUCAUGCGUUGUUCGUUCGGAGAAUGAUCGACCUACGAGAGGUGGGGCCUUUUACCGUCCUAGUCAAUUACAAGCGGCGGUCAGGGCGUUAAAGGGUGUCAAAUCGGCGGGUUUGGGCGCCAAGUUGGUUGAAGAGACGGAUGGGGAUGAGGCGGAUAAUGAGACCCCGUUGGCGGGAACACCGAUGAGGAAUGGGAUUGGGAAUAGCGACGGAUUCGGUUUGAUGAAGUUGUUUGAACCGCCCAGUCCUCCUAGUGAGUUCCUUUGGCUGCGAAUAUUUCAUCGAUUUCAGGAAACUAAUGCCAGGCCUCUAGCAGCGACGACCCCAACUCAAACGAGCAAAGCGCCGGCUCCUUCAAUCCAAUCAUUUACCUUUACUCCGCCGCCUCUCGAACGAACGUCCUACAAAUCUCUCGUUUCUCCCGCGUACACCACCACGACAUCAGGUUCCGCGACUCCGAUGCCCAAAUCUCGUCGGAAGCCCGUUCCGACCCUUCGAACGGGCAAUGACUUCGAUGCGACGCCACCUUCGAACGCGCAGGGUGGUGGGAUGAUGCAAGCCCCCGCUUUGGAAAUCAAGGAUCGAGUUUUGAGAUCGCAAGCUACGACGACGAUGGCUUCAACUUCCACGGGCACGGCGUCGACGUCGGGUAUCGCUUCCCCUCCUUUGACUGCACUUCCUUCGUCCACGUACGCAACCGAAGAAGAAGGGAUUUCAAUCUUGCACGAAUCCGAACCUCCGCCAGCUUUGAUUAGUGAUACGUCCACUUCUUCGAGCAAAACGCCUCCUAAAGUGGGCCAAGAAAAUUUCUCCCCUUUCCCUCUUACGCCAGCGCCUCAAGCAGACGAGCCUGAGACGCCUCCGAAAUCGACACAAAACCAAGUGGCUGGAACGCCUAGGUCGGCAGUCAAACUGUUCGAAUUUCACUACGAUACCUACACCCGAGAUCAUCUGGCUGCUUUGGUGGAGGAAAUCGAUCGAUCUACUGGGAACGCUAGAUAUGGGUCUUCAAGCUCCAGUCAUCCUACCAGUUCAUCGAAGGAAGGUUCGGUCUGGGUCGAUUUGUUACCUAGGACCAAGUCGACGCAUGAGGAUGGAGAGGAAGAUGUUGAGGAGAAUCAGAGGAGUAAUAAGAGGAUUAGAUUGAGUCCCAAGUGGAGUUUUGCGGAGGAUGACGGGGUACAGAGGAGUACGAGGGGCAGGAGGAUCACGAGUGUUGGGAGUCUGAGCAGGCACCCUCGGGUGAAGGAUAAGGUCGUUGAGCAGGUCUCGCCUAGUGCGACGAGGAGCCAGGUCACGAAAGAAAGGUUGGAUCAGGCGAACUCGUUAUUGGAUCGGAUUCGAGCCAAAGCCGCUGCGGCGUCGGGAAGAAAAACGAACGAUGAUCAACUCGCCUGCGAAGGAGAUCAAGUCGACCAGAUCAUCGUGCCUGGCUCACCGAGGCCAGUUACGGUCGACUCGCCUUUGCCGAAAUUGGCAGCAGCGGCUUCGGCUUUGAUUCGGCAUGCUCUCAGUGGGGAUUCCUUGUCAGCUUCUUCGAGGUCCAACUUGGGUCAUGGGCGACGACCUUCGUUGGCUCAGUCCGUCCUCACCGUCACGAACCUCGCUGCGUCCUCUGCUGCACCUUCCGUUGCCCAUCUUGCUUCGAACGAGGGCAGCGUUGCGCCGAGCCCCAAUAGUCGUCGUCAUUUCGCCACGACCCCGAUCCGAUCUUCGAACGGUAACAUCAGCUCGAAACGCAAAACCUCUGCUUUAGGCGAACGAUUCGCACCAAACUCGUCGAUCCGAGUCACUUCCCUCGAUUCGAAUGGCGAUUCUAAAGAUCCCGGCGCAGCAACCGAUGAAGAGAAACAAAGCAGUCGAGGUUCAACGGCUUCGUCCAUGACCUGCGCGACGAGCGGAUCAGGAGCGACGAACGACACGAGAAGUACGAGAGGUGGUAAAGGGCAUUCAAGACAAUCAACUUUGACGACGAUCGGACCUCAGGACGUCGGGGCUUUGUUGGGGUUGAAGAACUCACCUGGGACGGGGAGGUCGAGUCGGAUGGUGUUUGAUCAAGUUCAUCAGAGAUGGAUCAAGACACCUCGUGCGUUGAUCGUUAAGAAGGGUGAAUCGAUGAUCUCUGGGUCUUCGACUGUCGUAGCGGAGGAGAAUGGAUCCGGCGACGCGAGCGGCUCGACGGAGGAUGAUCCGUUUAGGGAUUUCGAGUCGACGAGAGCGUCGAUUGAUAUCAGGGAUGAAUUCAACAAGAGCUUGGUGAGCGCCGCAAAGGAGCAAGGACCACCCGGAUUGUCGGGGUUGGGGAUUACGGCGGAGACGCCAAAGAUCGAGGAACCGAGGAGGAUUACGGACGAUGAUGUGGGCUCCCCAUUGGAUGCGUGCUAUUUCGAGGUAGCGCCUAUUGAGCAGAGGAUUGAGGACGAGGAAGGCACGAGUCCUCUUCCUGAGUGGGGGACACCGCAGGUCGAGCAAGAGCGAGAAGAGGAGCAAGUCCAACUGCGCCCAAUGCAACAAUCUCCCGAAACAUUCGCACAACCCGCAGUAUCCGUCGUCGCAUCCUCAGCCCCUAGUCCGGCCAUCGUUCCAGUCCCGAGUUUUCCUAUCCCUACCACCCCGAGGGGUACGCACGCCAAACCUCAACUUCCUCGCUCGGCGCUCAAGAACGCCGUCGCUCGAUCGCACAGCGACCCAGGUCUACACGCCACACCUCGUCUUGCUUCUGGAUCGUCCGCUGACCGACAGCUCAAGGUCUCCCGAUCGGUCAGUUUUUCGGAUGGUAAAGCCGAAGGCAAGAUCGAAGGAUUGGUCGCUGUCAGUAUCGAGGAGCUUGAGAGGAUGAGGAUGAAGAAUGUCGGUGGGGUGCUUUCGGCCGGUGGGAGUCGCCUCAAGUUCCAAAUGUCGACAAUCUCGGAUGGGUCCGUAUCGAACCAUGCGGAGAGUGUCGAUGGACUCGUUGGGGAACCCGGGUCGUUGGCAAUGGAAGGCUUUGAUGAAGAGGCACCCAGCGCGAAUGCAUCGGUCUCGUCUCCCUCGAUCAGGGUUUUGACGAGGUCCAAGAGCUGUCAGGAUAGAGUCAUCGAUUUGGAUCUGGCUGGUAAGUCUUUCGCAGGCGACCCGGUUUCCUGUCGAGUGGGACAUCCGCUUACUCAGGAUGCCCCCACCACAGCGGUCUCCGAGGUGCCAAACGGAACACCCCUGCCCCUCAUCCAGUCGACCGUCUCCGAAACCUCCCUCACCACGAGCUCGCACUCGACCUCCCGCACAUUCCGCCGCACCACCGCCCCGGACGCGACCUUCCUCACCGAGUGUUCGUUCGGCGUCUCCGCCGACCGAAUGGUGCAGUACAUCACCGAUGUCGAGCCUUUCGAACCUGAUUGGGAAGCAGUGACGUCGAUUGAUCUCAGUGGCAAGAAGAUCGAGAGUUUGGUGAGGUUGAAGGAGUUCUUGCCCGGCUUAGAUGAGAUUAAUGUGUAAGUGUUCGUUCGUCCUCACCUCCAAGCGCGUUGAGCUGACUUUUCUCUGGGUGGUGUGUAGCAACGAGAAUCAAAUCGCCUUCCUCACAGGGGCGCCAGCAACCCUCCGAACGCUGCUCGUCGCCUCGAACAAGCUCAGUGGUCUGACAUGCUUUCAACACCUGCUCAACCUCGAGAGUAUUGACGUCAGCCACAAUCAAAUUGAUUCGGUGCACCAAUUCGCCUGUUUGAAGCAUUUGCGCGAACUCAAGGCCGAUGAUAACUUGGUCAUGGACUUGGAGGGCUUGUUCGGAUUAGAUGGGUUGCAAAAGUUGAGCUUGAGAGGUAAUCGAGUUGAGGUGGUGGAUACGACGAGAUCCAAAUGGUCAGUUCUUCACUCUGGAUUUCUCAUGCAUGAAUUUAGCGGGCUGAUGUCGCAACUCUCGACGCCUGCAGGACUCGCCUUGAGACACUGGAUCUGAGCCGCAAUGCAGUCUCUUCGUUUGUUGGCCUCGAGCGACUGGGCUCGCUUGUGUCACUGAAUCUCGGUUAGUACCUUCCAUCUUUACCGUUCGUUGGAACGUGGAAGCGUAAAAGCCCCGUCCCGUCUGACAUGCGCCAUCCUUUUCUCUCAGACGAAAACAAGUUGAACUCGAUCGGAGCAACGAGUCCGAUGCCGAGUCUCCGCGUUCUGCGCAUCUCGGCGAACCCACUCGUGAAGAUCAACGUGUCGUUCGCGCCGAGGUUGCGGACUUUGUUGAUGGAUUCAGCCAAGCUCGACCCGAUUGGCGGGUUAGAGAAGCUGGGACGACUGGAGAACCUCUCGCUGAGGGAUCAGGAUGCGGACCAGCAAGUUUUGUGAGUUCAGCCUGCUCCCUGUCCGUAGCCACGCAAGCAGGUUCUGACUGUCGGUGAGUUUCACUCUGUAGGUGGUUGUCCCCGACCUCCUUGCGUGAUAUAAAGCGACUGUAUCUCUCGUCGAACCCGUCGUCUCUACCCCUGUCGCUGCUUUCCCCCUCCUCCCAGCUCGGUGCGCCCUCACCAACAUUCUUCAACCUCAUUUAUCUCGAGCUCUCCUAUUGCCAGUUGACCCAACUGCCACCAACACUUUCCUCGACAAUCCCCAACAUUCGCGCCUUGGACCUUAGCCACAACCCUUUGACCUCGCUCGAUGGUCUUCACGGCCUCGCUCGGUUGACCAAAUUGACUGCCGUUGGCGCGAGAUUGGAAAGAGUGAAAGAGCUGGCAGAGGUGUUGAGAACCUUGCCCGAACUGCAGAGCCUUGAUCUGAGGUAAGCAUAUCACCUGCGUCACCUUGCCCCCGCGUUCACUGGGUACUGAUAUACAGCUUUCUCUGAUGACCACCCCAGAAUGAACCCCCUUACGCUCUCCUUCUACCCUACGUUCACCACCACUACUCCCACCACUACUCGCUCCCCUCCCUUCGAUCUCGAAUGGUGUAAAACGGACCAACAUCACCGACGGACGCUCUCAGAUGAAUGGUACUUUCGCCGACUAUCCUACCGAUCCAUCUUACUCUCCCUCAUCCCUAGCCUGGCUUGGUUCGAUGGAAGUCUGGUCAAGGAGAAGGAGAGAAAAAGGUUGUUGGGCGUCGUGAAGGAGUUGACCAAGAGCGGGUUGAGGGAAUGA